UGGAGUGCCUUGGGAGACAUGUCCAAAGAAGAAGCCAUGAUAGCCUAUGUUGAAGAAAUGAAAAAGAUUCUUGAGAGUAUGCCAAUGACGGACAAAGUUGAAGAAUUACUACAAGUAAUAGGCCCGUUCUAUGAAAUAGUAGAAGAUAAAAAGAACAGAGGAUCUGACCUAACUGCAGAUCUCAGUAAUGUCAUGAAUUCCACUCCAAAUAUAAAGGCUGUGAAUGGAAAAGCUGAAAGUAGUGAUAGCGGAGCAGAAUCAGAAGAAGAAGGGCUUCGUGAAGAGGAGGAAAAAGAACUGCAGCUAAAUGGAAAGGACUAUAAGAAUGUGAAACCAGAAUCGGCAGCUGCUAAGGAUUUGGAAAGUGUUGUUACUAAUGGCUGUUACAAGGACAGCUUUAUCCCAGAUACGCAGAAUGACAUCCAGACCAAAUCUGCCCUGAAUGGCUUGAACCCAGAGGAAGAAAGAAAGAAAAUGGAACCAAGACUAGAAAUGGCUAAUAACAGUGCUCACCAAGGUGCAAAUGAAGAGAAUACUGAAGAGGUCUUAGCAACUCAGCACUUAACCAGUGAUUCAGACAGUGAAGUUUAUUGUGACUCUAUGGAGCAACUUGGACUAGAAGAGCCCUUGGAGAUCAUCACAUCAGCUAAAGGAUCUUUAAAGCAUUCAUCCCAUUUCUUGGAUGUAGAUCACAGUCUUCUGUUAGAAAAUACAGAUUUUCCAAGGCACGCUUGCAUGACUUACGGGAAUCUCCAACAUGGAAAUACUCUAGAGGGAGCAGCUCAAGAACAAGGUGAAGUCAAGUGUGGAGGAGAAGAUGGCAAAGCCAGUAAUGGAGGCCCUCACAAGGAGAAGAAAGGUGGAGAAAAAGCAGAUUUCUACAGUGUCAGAAGAGGGAGAGGGCACAGACUUCAGCCUCUAGGAGACGGUUCACAAAGUGGACAGAUGGGUAGUGGAGGGGACGGAGAGCGCUGGGGAUCAGACAGAGGACCCAGGGGUAGCCUCAAUGAACAGAUUGCAGUAGUGUUGAUGCGGUUGCAAGAAGACAUGCAGAAUGUCCUUCAGAGGUUGCAUAUGCUGGAGGCGGUUACAGCAUCACAGGCAAAAUCUGCAACACUACAGUCAAAUUAUCAGCCUGCCUCCUCUGCCAAGAAACCAUCAUGGUGGCCCUUUGACAUUUCUCCUGGCAUUUUAGCUUUUGCUGUUGUAUGGCCAUUUAUUGCCCAAUGGUUGGUAUAUGUGUAUCUUCAAAGAAAGCGAAGAAAACUGAACUGAGAAUUCACGACUUUGCUUAAAGAUUGCUAGGAGAAGAUGGCCCUGGAAAGUGAAGGAAUUCUGAAUUCUCAUAGAAUCUCAGGAUCUGCGAUGAUGUUCCUUCUCUUAUAGUAAUAUUUUGUACUACCUUUGAGCUAAACAUUUAAGGACUAACAUUAUUGAAACUUAAAUGAUUUACAGCUCCUAGGUUACAAAUAAAAUAAAUUUAAUAAUUCUAUCCU